AUGGAGUGGACUGGGCUUGUAAAUCCCACGACUCUGUCGACGGAUGAUGCCGAAACUGUUUGUUGCGGUUUGAGUUUCCUGAAGCGGACAGGUGUUCCUGUUCCUGAGGGAGCGACUGACUUGCUUGACGCACUCCGGCUCUUAGCACCGACACACUCGGCGGUGGCAGACCCAAUGAUAAAGAUCCUGGCUCCUGUGGUAACGCCACCACGUCGCAAGACGGAUCAGGCCCACGAAAAGUCGAACAAAGCAUCAGCAGAGGCAUUCGAAUACGAUGGAGGCGCGGAUAUUGAUGCAUGGCCCGUGUCCCAAUUUUUCGGGAUGCUGAGCUCAUGUGAAGGUCAGGAUGGCAUUUUGUCCAUUGUCCAAAGUUCUGGAAGUGGCAAGAGCCGAUAUGUGGCGGAUAUUGCGCAGGAAACGUAA